AAAAGCCUAAAAAAAAUAAGCUUGAGUGGAAUCCAAUGCCAAUAGGAUAUGAUGAUUUUUCAGAUGUUUCAUUUUAUUGCGUCUUGAACACUAGCUUUAGAAUGGACCAAGGAACUGCAGCAGCAGCGAUUUGCAUUGGGUUUAUGUCCUUAUACAUGAAACUGGAAUUGGACGACGUAAAGGGUCAAUAUCUUGACACGUGGACAUCUAAUGGGCAAAGGAUACUCGUAUUUAGUGGGUACGAUCAUAACCAUUUGAAGUUUCUCGAGAAAGAAGUAAAAUAUUCUGCUCUUGAUUCCCAUUCUUACUACAAAACCUGGGGUAAGGGGAGAGUGAUUUUGGUAUUGACUAUAUUUGGCAGAGAAGACAAUCUCGAAGAAAUAUUUGACGGGCUCCCCCUCUUGCGAUAAAACGGAACGUAGGAGGACUGCAAGAGAAGCGACCGUUUCCAUGGUCAUCUCUUUUGAGCC